AUGGCUUCCCCCUCAGACGCCGAACACGAUGGGCAACGGCCACCGCUCCCUCCUAGACCAUCCCAGAACAGCUCCAGGGAGCCUGGGACGCUGCAGUCGCAUGCGACAACGGCCGUUACACAACUCGAUAUUCAGACACUGUCCUUCCCGGACGGCUCAAGAGGCACCUUCAGCACGCCCGGAUCGCGCGGUGCUUCGACACCUAUUGGUAGCGGCUAUGCGUCGCCAAGUCGAAAAACGAGCAUCUCGGGCAGCGAUGUAGACGAUGGUGCGAGCAUUGCCAGCUUGGCUCCAACUAUGCGGCCAGCCAGAGAUAUUGCUAGUCUGUUUGCCUCAGAGACAGGCAGGCGGAGUCUGGCGUGGAAUUUGCUGCAGUCGCAGUCAUCCACAAUCCCACCGUUUGAUAGAACCAAAAUUAGCCCUGGCGAUAAGUUUUUCGAGUUUGAAAAGGAGUUCGAGGCGAUUCCCUCUGAAACAGACGGUGGUAUCAGCGAACAGGCGCGCCUGGCAGCGUGGAAGUCGAAAAUGAAACAUUAUAUGAUUCUAUCUUCCGCCGGAAAGCCCAUCUGGAGCCGGCACGGCGACCUGAUGCUCAUCAACGCAUCCAUAGGAGUGGUGCAAACUAUUAUAUCAUUUUAUGAAAGCUCCAAGAACCCACUACAAGCUUUCACAGCGGGCGAUACUAGAUUCGUCAUCGCUACGCAAGGGCCGCUGUACUUUGUCGCUGUUAGCCGUCUCGGAGAAAGCGACUCUCAGUUGCGAGCGCAGCUAGAGGCGCUGUAUAUGCAAAUUCUAUCGACACUUACGUUACCUACAUUAACCAAAAUCUUUGUUCAUCGCCCAUCAACUGACUUGCGCACGCCGCUGCAAGGCACUGAGACGCUGCUCUCGUCACUGGCUGACAACUUCACCAAGGGAUCGGCAACUGCCUUAUUGGGAUCGCUCGAGUGCUUAAGGCUGCGCAAAUCGCAACGACAUGCUAUUAAUAACAUAUUCCUGAAACUGCGCGCGGAGAAGCUGCUGUACGGGUUGAUUGUCGCCGGCGGACGCUUGGUUAGCGUGAUCCGGCCGCGCCGGCACUCCCUGCACCCUAGCGACCUGCAACUUAUUUUUAACAUGCUGUUUGAAUCGGACGGCAUCAAGGCCGGAGGCGGCGAGAACUGGGUACCGCUUUGCCUCCCAGCCUUUAACAACCAGGGCUACCUGUACAUGUACGUCAGCUUCUUUGACGACGGUGAGGCGGAGCAGCCUGCCGAGAGUCAUGGCGGCAUCGAAGAGCAAAUCGCCAUGAUUCUCAUCAGCGCAGACAAAGAAAGCUUCUUUGAACUGAAGAAGAUGAGAGACGACGUGGCGCAGCAGUUGGCCAAGACAGGUAGCCUAGGCGUGAUCAAGGCGGCCGUCAAGGCUGGGCGGCCAACGACGGGGCUCAUCACAGGCGGCCACCAGCUCGGCCACUUUCUCUACAAGUCCAAGGCGAAUGUGCAGUUUUGCAUGUCAUCGCUGGACCCGACGUUUUCAGGUGUCGUCGAGAGGCGCAGGUUGAUGACGCUGUACCAUGAGCUUCACGCGGCGGCACACGCCAAGCAUACACACCUCAAGAUUCUGCAUACAGUCAAUGAAGACGCGACCGCGCUAGCUUGGCUGACACCCAUUUUUGAACUCUACUGUGUCGGAGGACCCAACAUUUCACGGGCGACACUGGCACAAGGAGCAAAUAAGGUUGUACAGUGGGCCAAAAAGGAAGAACAAAGGCUCUUUAUUCUAGGCGGCGGCGUCUUUUGA